UUCCAUGAGAGGAGAGAAAGAGAGAGAGAGAGAGGAAAAGGCAACCAAGACUGCCGAGGGAGGGGAGCCAAAACUGUCACUCACUCAGUUCAGGCUGGCCAUGUCUGAGCUUGAUGGCUGCCAACCCUGGAGUCACAGGGGAACUGGAGAUUUGCUGCUGCCACACCUGCCCUUUCACAGGGAGCCACCGGGGCCUGCCCCACCCUUGUCAGUGGCAGCUGCUACUGCUGUUGCUUCUGGGCUGGGGCCUUCCUGGCCCUCUCCACAGCAGCCUGGCAACACCAACCAGGACAUUUCUGUGGUGUAGCAGGACACGAAGUGGAGGAAGCUGGAAAGGCUGGUAGUUCAAAGCAAGCGAGCCAAACCUCACCCAUCAUAUUCCAGUCAGGGCACUGAAUCAACAAGUGUUGCAAGGCAAUUUGGCGGGCUUCUUACUCCAAGGACAUGACACGAUUGCUUAGCAACUCCAAAAACUGGGGUGCAGUACAGCAGAUGAUCAACAACACUCCUGUGUACAUGUACCAGGACUGCAGUGUCCUCUCUGACGGUGACACUGACAACUGGCUUCGGACCAACUGGAUAUUCCGGGGUGAGGCCUCUUCCCCCAUCUACGUGGAACUGAAAUUUACAAUACGGGAUUGCAAGAGCUUCCGAGGAGAGGCCGUGAGCUGCAAGGAGACUUUCAACCUCUACUAUAUGGAGUCGGAGCAGGAUGUUGGCAUCCAGUUCCGUCGCCCUCUUUUCACCAAGGUCAACACCGUGGCAGGAGACCGCAGUUUCACAAACCGGGACCUCGAGCAGGGUAUCUUGCAGCUGAACACGGAAGUCAGCUCUAUAGGGAAGCUGAAACAACGUGGGUUCUAUCUGGCCUUUCAGAACUCUGGGGCUUGCGUGGCACUGGUUUCUGUGCGAGUUUACUACAAGAUCUGCUUGGCCACUGUGCAUGGACUGGCCCGCUUCACAGAGACACUAACUGGCUCUGAGGGACUGGUUGAAGUGUUUGGCGUCUGUCUGGAUCAUGCAGUCGAGGAAGUGGGGUUUCCACCCAGGAUGUACUGUGGUGCUGAAGGAGAAUGGUUGGUGCCAGUGGGUCAGUGUGUAUGCAUCACUGGAUAUGAAGAUUCUGAAGGAAGAUGUAUAGCCUGCCAGCCGGGAUUCUAUCGUCACACACCGGAGGCUGAGCGAUGCCUCAAAUGCCCCCCAAACAGCUUCUCCGAUUCUUCCGAAGCCACAGCCUGUCCCUGCCUCAGAGGCUUCUUCCGGGCACCUGCUGAGCCCCAAACUGUUGCCUGUACCCGCCCUCCUUCUGCUCCUCGUGAUGUCAGCUUCUCCCUUGCGGGGACUCAGCUCUCCCUUGGGUGGCAGCCGCCCAGUGAACAGGGCGGGCGCAAGGAUCUCGCUUACAGUGUCUCCUGCCAGCGCUGCCGCUCCCCGGUGUGUGAAGCCUGUGACAGCAGCGUGGUUUUCUCCCCCAGCGCGUCGGGCCUUACCAGGCCGUCUGUGGUUGUGGAUGGCCUGGAGGCUUACACCAAUUAUAGCUUCACUGUAAGGGCUCAUAAUGGUGUGUCAGGGCUGAGCCCUGCCUGGCCCAGUAACACCAGUUCUUCCAUCUGGGUCCCUGUGGGGCAUGCAGCCCCUAUCAUGGUGCCCUCUCUCAGCCUGGAGAGGCGGAAUCACAGCAGCCUUUCUGUGACUUGGCUGACCCCAACACCUCGGAGUUCUGUGAAAUAUGAUGUCAUGUACUUCAAGAAGGGAGAUGAAAAGCACUACACUGUCCAACACCUUCAGGAACCCCAGGUGACCUUAGUAAACCUGCAGCCUAACACAGCCUACCUCUUGCGUGUGCGCUCCGUCACACCUUUAGGGAAAGGACCAUUUUCCCAGGAGCAGGAAUUCUCCACUCUCCCACAAGACACUGGAGUGCCCUCUGGAGGAGUGAUCGUCUCCAUCAUCUUUGGAGUCUUGUUGUUUUUCGGUCUGGUCAUGGGACUCAUGAUUUUUCGGCGAAGGCAGACUCGUCAUCGUCGAGCACGACCAUGCCAAAACCACUCUGGCUAUGACCGAGAUGAGAUCUGGUUGAAACCUUAUGUAGAUCUCCAGCCCUAUGAGGAUCCCAGCAGGGGCGUCUUAGAAUUCACAAAGGAGUUGGACCCCUCUUUCAUCAACAUUGAGAAUGUUAUUGGUGAAGGGGAAUUUGGAGAGGUUUAUCGUGGAACUCUGCGCUUGCCAGGGAAAGAACGCGUUGUCGUGGCUAUUAAGACCUUGAAGUCAACUUACUCAGACUCCACAUGGUGGAACUUCCUGCGUGAGGCAACGAUCAUGGGCCAGUUCAACCACCACAAUAUCGUCCGUUUAGAGGGAGUCGUCACAAAACGAAACCCAAUGAUGAUUAUCACAGAGUACAUGGAAAAUGGGGCCCUGGAUACGUUCUUACGGGUGAGGGACUGGGAAAACAUGGACAAAUUUGGCACUGUGCAGCUAGUGAUGAUGAUGCAGGGCAUUGCCUCAGGGAUGACCUAUCUAUCGGAUCGCAACUAUGUACAUCGGGACCUGGCAGCUCGUAACAUUCUGGUAUCUCAUAAUCUUCAGUGCAAAGUGUCCGAUUUUGGCCUUUCUCGGAUAUUGGAAAAUGACGUGGAAGGAACUUACGAAACCAAGGGUGGCAAAAUCCCCAUCCGAUGGACCGCUCCUGAGGCCAUUGCCCAUCGAAUCUUCACCUCGGCCAGUGAUGUUUGGAGUUUUGGCAUUGUCAUGUGGGAGGUCUUGUCAUAUGGUGACAAGCCAUAUGGGGAGAUGACCAAUCAGGAGGUGAUGAAGAGCAUAGAAGAUGGGUAUCGGCUCCCCCCACCUGUGGACUGUCCAUCUGUCCUUUACGAGCUCAUGAAAGGGUGUUGGUCAUACGAUCGGACACGGAGGCCUCGUUUCAGGGAGAUUCAUGCUCAGCUGGAGCAUUUCCUAUCCAGCCCACAUUUGCUUCGAACUGUGGCUGACUUUGACCCUAGGGCAACGCUGCGUCUCCCCAGCUGCAGUGGGUCUGAUGGGAUCCCUUAUCGCUCUAUCCCAGAGUGGUUAGAAUCCAUCCGCAUGAAACGCUACGUCAUCAAUUUCCGCACAGCUGGCCUGAACACUAUGGAGUCCAUCCUGGAGCUCUCUGCUGAGGACUUGAAGCAAAUGGGUGUGACUCUUCCAGGACACCAGAAGCGAAUCCUGUGCAGCAUCCAGGGGUUCAAAGAAUGAUGGGUCUCCCACACCACCAAGUGGGGCCUAACCCCACUGAGGAGGACUUGGAGCUGUGCCCAACAGCAUGGAGGAGGAGGAGGAGGAGGAGGAGGAGGGGAAACUGACUGAACCAACCCUGCAUCAAGCCUGCAGCUGCUCGUUUGGCAGUGAACACCAACAUGGGGCUCCUGGAACCAGCUGCAGAGGCUGAUCAGCCUGUGCCCCACCGUGCACGGGCUACGACUUGAGCCGUCGGAGAGGGACACCCUACGAGACUCCCUUCACCCACUGAGGAAGCAGCACACACUGAAAACUCAUUUCUGACUCUUCACGCCUCUUCUCUACCCGCCCAUCACGUUCCCGCUUCUCCACUCCUGUAGCAGCCACUCUGCCCAUCUCAUUUCAUAAAUACAAAGCAGCAAUGUGUGUACACAGAUCUUAGGAAACAGUUGAAAACAUCCUGCCAGUAAAGCCAUAUCUAGCCAUAAAGGAACCCCGGGUCUGGAGGAGGAGAGGGGCCCUGCCUUUGUCAUUUGCACAGCUCCUGGGGGCAGGGGGAUCCUCUACCUUCCAUCCUGGUGCAAUAGCUCAGACUUGACUUUAUCCGGCAGAGGCUUAGGGUCAAGUCAGUACUGCUCUCACCACUCUUGUUCCUUGUAUGUGUGCUUUCUCUCCUGGAGUUUGUCCGAAGAGCAGAAGAAAUGCUUGUUUACAGCAGGGCAUCACGUGCUCCUGAGAGCUUCACUUCCUCAAGUUGAGGACCUGCUUAUCUAUUUAAAGUGUCAGGAAAGGGGUGGCUCAGAGAGAAAACCCAGGCUUAGAAUUCUGUUGUGUUUUAUGUAUAUAGUUUUGUAAAUAAACUCGUGGCACAGAG